UCUUGGCUUUAUAGUAAUGAUUUUUUUCAUUUUUGUUCAAAGAUUGUUGCUAAUUUUCCUGGGUUUCUUGUAAAGGUUGAAUGUGUUAGUUCUUGUAAAGCCAAGAAGGCAUAAAAUAUCUGUAGAUGUUUUCUGGAUGAUUUCUUACAGUUACGAUUUUAGAAUUUUAUGAUAGCUUUAGAAGGAUUUGGAUUUGCCUUAAGGAAGGAUAGAGGUUGUUCUUGACCUGUAGAGACUUAUAACUGGUGGUUUUGUGGGGGAUAAGGACUAAGAAUAAAGGGUUUUCAGGAUCUUAGAAUCUUGCUCAACAAAUUUGCUGCCGAGUGAAAACUGAGGGUUUUUUCUACUUGUAUUUGAUUUAUGAGGUGAAUGGAUUUGUGAUUUUCUAGCUAAUAAUGGAUGGGAAUUCACCAUCAGGAAAUAUGAUGCAACAGAAUGGUUCUUAUGGAGGUUUUGAUUUGCAAGGGUCCACAAGAAUCCGCCAUCACCAACAAAAUCAGCUGGCACCCCACCAACAUCACUCUCAUCCUAGACAAGGUUCAUCAAUUGUUCAUUCUACAAUUCACGAAAAUUUUCCCCUUACAAUAGGAAGCAUGCGAGAUCAGGACCAGACAUUUUCCAUGGCAGACUAUGACAGAAGGGAAAGGCGAAAAUCUGCAAGUGAUGAGGAUGAGCCAAGUUUUAUGGAAGAAAAUGCUGAUGGCAGCAGUGAUCCAAGCCGAGGAAAGAAGGCAUCCCCAUGGCACCGGGUGAAAUGGACUGAUGCUAUGGUAAGGCUGUUGAUUACAGCUGUUUCUUACAUUAGUGAGGAGGCAGCUCCAGAAUAUGGUGGUGUUGUGAGGAGAAAAUGCGCAAGUUUACAGAAAAAAGGCAAAUGGAAAUCAGUCUCGAAAGUUAUGGCUGAAAGGGGACAUUUUGUUUCACCUCAACAAUGUGAAGAUAAAUUCAAUGACCUCAACAAAAGGUACAAGAGACUCAAUGAGAUCCUUGGGAGAGGAACUUCGUGUGAAGUCGUUGAGGAUCCAUCACUUUUAGAUGUGAUGGAUCACAUCUCCGAGAAAGCAAAGGAGGAAGUUCGGAAAAUUCUAAGCUCAAAGCAUUUGCACUACGAAGAGAUGUGUUCAUACCACAAUGGGAACCGGCUGCAUCUACCUCCUGAUCCUGAAUUGCAGCGUUCUUUGCACUUAGCCCUUGGAAAUAGAGAUGAUCAUGAUGACAGUGACGUGAAAAGGCAUUCAAAAGAUUAUAAUGAAGAGGUUGAUCAAGAAGAUGAAUUGGAUGAUCAUGAUGAAAGCGAGGAUAAUAAUGUUUUAUCUGGGGAUCACAUGGCUUAUGGGAUGCCGGGCAGCUCAACAAAGAGGAUUAAACAAUAUCAGGAUCAUGAAGAUUUUAGUUUUGGAAAUUCUUUGAAUUUUCUGGAUCACAACAGAACUUCUAAUUUCCAGGCAGUGAAUGUUGAUGCCGAUGCUGAUGCUGAUACUGAUGCGAAGCAGGGGUCUCCUGAAGGCAUGAAAACAAACAGGUUACAAAAGCAGUGGAUUAAUCACCGUGCUCUUCAAUUAGAAGAACAGAGGCUACAUCUUCAUGAACAAAUGUUGGAACUGGAGAAAGACCGGUUCAAAUGGCAAAGAUUUUGUCAAAAAAAGGACAGAGAAAUGGAGAUGGCAAGGAUGGAACUUGAGCGGAUGAAACUUGAGAAUGAACGUAUGGCUUUGGAGUUAAGGCAAAAGGAAAUCGGUAUUGAUAAUAGCUAAUCUGCUUGUAUUUUCAUACUUCUUUCGAUCAUCGGUGUGCAUGCAACGAGAUUGGUGAUGAUCAAGCUUAUUUGCAUGUUUUUCUGUUUGGUAGCUCGCCUUUUAUUUUGGAAGUGUGUUCCUGCUUAUUUUGUAACAAUGCACCUGUUAAGUUUCAUUGCUUUGCCUUAAAUGUCAUAGGGCCAUUGGCUAUAGUUUUAAAUUAUAAGGAAGGCAAUUCAAUGCUCUCUUUUGUAUUAAAAUUUGUGAAUUUUUUACUUUGCUUAGUGUGACUUCUCACAAUUCUCUACAAAGUGUUUUUUAAUGUC